AUGUUGCGGCCGGCGACGCCUCUCACCAUUUUGCUGUUCGCAGCAUUCGCUCUGCUCUUAAUUUCGGUCAUCUCAACCCCAAUCGUGAAGGGUAUACCUCUGGCUUCCUUCGGUGGGGUUGAUUUCGGAGUCUUUGGUUUCUGCAAGACAGGCGGCACAUGUAGCAGUAUCGAGAUCGGAUACGAUACGACUUCCCUAUACAAUGACGCUCAAGCUUCAACCUUCGACCUCCCGACCGGGACGCGAACUACCCUCUCAGCGAUUCUCAUUGUCCACCCUAUCGCCGCCCUCUUCACCCUCAUAAUGCUAUGCAUGGCAGGAGCGGCACAUCUCCAUUCCCCGUCGCAUUCUCCACGGUACCUUCUUGGAAUAUUCAUACUGAGUAUUCUAACUUUAAUAUGCUCCCUUCUCUCGUUCCUGAUAGAUGUCCUACUUUUCGUACCGCAUAUGGCAUGGGGAUCCUACAUUGUUUUAGCAGCAACAAUUCUCAUCGCCGCCAGCGGGAUUGUCUCCUGUGCCAUGCGCCGGACUUUGGUUAGUCGGAAAGCCCGAAAGCGUCGUAUUGCGGAGAACGCAGAAAUGAAUGGGGAGAACUUUUACAAUCGUCAAGAUGUGCCCGCACCUGUUGCUGUUCCGACUGCGCCUAUAAUGGUGAACGGUGCUCCUGGAGGUGAUAAGUUGCCUUCGUUUGCUACAUUCGAGACGCAGAAGGAAAAGGAGAGGACGAGUGAUGAACGAAUACCAUUAACCCAGAUGACUCCAUCCGAACACUCCCCCAACAACGAACCGAGAUCAAUGGAAAGUGACCGAUAUGGGGGACCACCAAGGAGUCAAAGUAGAGGAAGAGGAAGCCCUCCUAGAGAUCAAUAUGGCAAUGCAAUGCCGCUACCACCUCCAGGAAACUAUGGAAUGAGGAGCAGAGAUCCAUCUUUGGACCGACAGUACUCUGAUCCUGCUGCUAUGGGAGGAAGAGGAAUUCCUCCAGGGGGCUACAGAGGCAGAGGAGGGUAUGGGCCACCGAAUGGACGAGGAGGAUAUGCACCACCAAGAGGGGGCUAUGGGCCACCAAGAGGCGGAUAUGGACCCCCGAGGGGCGGAGGACCUUAUAGAGGUGGAAUGAGCGAACCGUUAGCUGCGAUACCAGGUGGAAUGGCAGCAGGAGCUAUGAUGCGAGGUGGGAGAGGUGGACCACCACCAGGAUAUGGAGUACCACAGAAUGGCCGAGGAGGUUAUAGAGGUCCAUCUCCAGGAGGCAAUUACCCGCGAAGACCUUCACCCCCUCAAGCGCCUGGCUAUGGUGCGGAAACCUAUACUGCGCGUGCACCCCCUCCAACUGGCCAGUAUGCCGCAUACAAUCCAGAUGAUAGCCGCUCCAGUCUUCCAAGAGCCGAAUCUCCACCACCUAUGUCAACACUAGAAGGGCCUGUCGGACAGGCUGUGGAGAUGGAUGCCAGCACUGGAAGUCCUUCUCACGCACCCAAGGGAUACGGACAAUUCGGAGCGUUACGAGACAGUGAUGGUGAUGUGGCUGGAAUGGUCGGGCUUCAGCAGCAACGAGUACAAAGGGAUGCAGUCGUGAGUGAAUCAAGUAGAUAUAGCACUGACGAAUAUGUACCUCCACGUCAAGGUUGGGGAGAUGCUGGCCGAUCGUCACCUCUCAACCCAGCUUCGCAACCCAAUGAACUUCCAAGCUCAAGAGGCCAUAAACGUAUCAGCUCUGCCGGCGAUAAUUACUAUGAAGACAUUGACCCUCGCUUCGCCGACAAUCCACCAUCAACACACCCCUCUGCUGUUCCCGCAGCCCUUGCUCCAGCAGGUGGUUUUCCCCUGAACACCUCGACGGGUAGUCUACAUCCCAUCGGUGGCAUGGACGGAAACAAUUCGUACGAAGACAUACAAUCCGGUGCCCGUAGCCCAGCGGAGUCAGACCGAUCAAACUUCACUUCGGUCUCGCAGCGAGGCAUCAACCCGCGGUGGAAUCCGGGACCAGGACCAGGUCAAGGAUACGGAGGCCCGAUGCCAAACAGACGUCCUACAAAUCCACCCCAACAACAGCAGAGAGAUCUACUCCUAAACUCCAACCCUGAUUUCCAACUACCAACCGGCAGAGGCCGCGGUGGUGCGCCUGCUGGAAGAGGCAGAAUCCCAGGUGGAAUACCGGGAAUGGUCCCUUCGAGCGCAUAUCCAGGCGGCAGUGCCCUUUAA